AUGAAUUGCUUCUUGGCCUAUCGUCUGGACAAGCAAGUCGAAAUCGCCGCUCGCUGCCCCGGAGCUAAUCAUCGUGACAUCUCGAAAAUCAUUGCCAAGUGGUGGAGGGAAGCUUCCGAAGAAGAAAAGGCGCCUUACCGAGAGCGUGCACGUCUUGCUAAAAUCGAGCAUGCCAAGUUAUACCCCAAUUACAAAUAUCGCCCAGUCAAGAAGUUGGGACGCAAGACCAGAAAAUAUUUGAAGCGACCCGCUAACAAGUUCACUUCGCGUUCAGAGGAAAACAAUCGUAUGAUGGAACUGUUCUACCAUGAUCCCGCUACGGCUUUACGUCAACCGAACAAGCGAUCCCGCAAUACUACGAAUGCCCAGUCAGAUACCAAGAAAAGUCAAAUGCCACUAAAGAAGCAACCGCAACGAGAACAUACUACCGCCAAACAAAGCUCGGGAAUCACUUGGUCGGCUGCCCCGAGCAUGACAAUAACGACCCAGGCCAGGACUUCGCAGAGUCCGAGUGUCGUGGCUUCGCAAGCUCCUUGCGUGAUGAAUGAAGUUGCAGACACCAAAACCGUGUACUUUGGUCAAAAUGUGUCGUGUCAGCAGAUGACCAUCAAUCCUCAGCAUCUCUUUCAGCCCUCCGGUAGUAAGAGCUGUAUGUCGUACGUGCAAAAUGUGUUUGCACCGCCUAGCCCGGUCCAGAAGACCAAAGACAUCCACUUUGGUGCAUCCAUGCCUUACACUCUGGUGCAAUCGUCCCCUCCAAUGGUGUUUGACCCCAAUAGUCCGGUGUCUACCUGCGCAUCUUAUUCUCCUGACUGCAGCUACGCAUCGAAUGAAACCUUCAAAUUGGAGAGCAUACCGACAACUACGUAUCAAAGCAUGCCAUCUCAUUACGCCACCGAAAAAUUCGUUGCGAACUCGUGCAACGCCGUUGAGCCUUGGAUGCCUCUGCCCUCAGCUCCUGUGUGGCAUCAGGCACCGGCAUUCGUUGAUCCGAGUAUGUUAUCGUUCUACUCUUUUGCAUCGCCCGCCUCAAGCUUAUGUUAUGAUAAUCUCUCAAACUCUGUGCCACUUUUACCCUACUGA